ACCAGAGGAGCAGCGAGGAUAGCGAGACUAAGAUUUCAGAUGUAGAGAAUUAAACUAUGACUGAAGAAACACUAAAACUCGGACAUUUGGAUUAUUCUGGGCACGUUUUGUAUCGAAAAUAAUUUAUUGGGGCAGACUUUUCUUGAGCACAGUCAGACAUUCCUGAAUCGGUGCAUCUUAUAAUGCCAUUUGCCAAACGGAUCGUGGAACCUCAGUUACUGUGCAGGCAUUCAGUCCCGACUGGAGAUGAUUUGUUUUUAGAUGAACUAUGUACGGUCAACAAUGUUGCUCUGUCCGGGACUUUACGGCAGCUAUCGGACCUGGCCGGACAUGCGUGCUCGUUAUUCCAGGAGCUGGAGAUCGACAUCGUGUCUAUUAACCAACGGGUCUGGGGAUUACAGAGUAAAAUCGGCAAGCUCCAGCCGACAAUCUGUGGGUUAGACCCCAAGCAGGAGGCAGUGCCGGUAUCAGACCUGGACGUAGAGUCAAAGUUAUCAGACCACUACAUGUCUCCAUGGCUUCGCCAGAGGAAUGUGUUCCUGCCCUCCACCCGACCACCAUGCCUCCAGGAGCUGCACCACGCCGCCAAGCAUGGUCUCAGUGCCAAGCCCAGAGAUUACCAGCAGAGACAACAAGCGUUCAGCAGAGAGCACCAAGUGACUUUUUCUGUGGCACCGCCUAUGCCCACGUACCCCUCACAGCGCUCUGCCUGGAAGAGACAGCAGAGGCGCCAGACAACAUUUGACAGCCACGUCCCCCGCUCCUCUUCCCCCACUGAAUGUUGUCACUUCUCUCCCUGGAGCAGAAAGGCUGCUCCUGCCUGUGACCCUGAGGGUCCUGGUCAGUGCCACCGGCACCCUUUUCCUAACAUCCCCUCUACACUGGACAAACAGACCAACUGGUCCGGAGCACUGCCACUGCCCACACCACAGGAGAGGAUGAAGAGCGAUUCACAAGUCAUCCCAUCCUGCAUCAUUCCCAUUAACAUCACUGGAGUGCAGUUUGACAGAGACGCUAGUGUUCGCUGCUCCCUGGUCUACUCUCAGUCUGUUCUUCAGAGGAGAAGGAAGCUGAGGAGACGCAAAACCGUCACCGGGAUUCCAAGACAAGUUCAGGAGGAUUUAGAUUCUGAUGAGUCUCCGGUCGCCAGGGAACGGGUGGUGGUCGUCCAUAGCAAUGCUGCCCUCAGUAGUGAGGACCUGUCCAGCCAUCUGAAUGCUAAGAAGGACACUGGCUGUCAGACUGAAGUCUUCCUGGUCACUGUGCCGCCCCGCCGGAGGGUCCGGUCACAGAGGGGUCAGCAGGGAGUCAGCUUUGCCCCCAACCCCCUGUCCCUCUCCACCAGUAAUAUUUCUUCUCUCCCAGAAGCCUCGGAGCACAGAACGGCUAUGCUCUCUUCCUCUGCCUCUUCGCUGGGAGUAAACCUGCGGUCACGUAGCUUGCUGAGGGAAGGGGGGCACAACCACAGGGGGGAUGAGGAGGAGGAGGGACUGUCUCCUUAUGAGGCUGAGGACUUUCUAUCUGGACCGGAGGAGUUGAAGGAUGAGGAGGGCGGGGGUCCUGACGUCCAUGCCCAGCCAGACCACCCCCUUGGCAGCCUGCAGUACCAGCAGCAACCUGCCAGCCCAGAGCACCCCUGGAUGCAGAGGGUCCACUCUCGCCUGCCCCAUCAAGCUAACAUGGGGAGUUGUGAGAUUUCGUCCAGCUCAGAUACCUUCUCUAGCCCACUGCACUCUGCCUCCACCAGGGGGAUUCUGGGGGACCAACUGGACCAUAAAGAUGACCAUCAGUCUUCCAGUGGGAACUGGAGUGGCAGCAGCUCAACGUGCCCCUCCCAGACCUCCGAGACCCUCCCUCUCGCAGCCUCCCCCCAACUCACUGCCUCCUCCCACUGUGACUCAGAGCUGUCCCUCAACACCGCCCCUCAUGCCACCGAUGAUCCUGCCCCCUUUCUAAUCCUAGAUCCAUACCAGAUGGACAGGCUGCUUGACGAUGCAGGGGUCAGUACAGUUAGUGACAGAGAGUGGAGUUACCCACACCCUGACCAUCCUGACCCCCGACCUGAGGACUUCAGCCCUGAGCACUCCAGAGAGGGGGAGGGGAGUCUGGACUGUCCCAGCUUCACUAGCAUGGCUACCUGCGAGAGCUUCACCACAGACAAGCCUCCCUCUGAGAAGGCAGACUCUGUAUCAUACUACUCCAUAGACACUGAAGGGUACUACACCUCCAUGCACUCUGACUGUGGUCUGAAAGGGAGUAGGAGCUUCACGUAUAACUACGCUGGUUCAGCCUCCGGCUCUGACUGUAGUCAGGAACACACUGUAGGCCAGCGCUGUCUGUCUUUAAGAAAACCCAAGGCCAAGCCAUCACCUCCUAGGCGCAGCUCCUCACUAAGGAAAAUCAGCCGAGAGGGAAACGCUGCUGACAAGAGCAAACCGAAGAACCCCCAAGAGCAGGAGAGAGAGAGGCCACAGAGAGCCUUGGAGGGCUCCUUGGGCUGUCCCCACCUUGAUGUAGGAGGGGGAAGUCUGCAGAGGUUACUGUUAACGCAGGACCCCCAGGAGGCCCUUAAAACCUUGGAGGCCUGGCGAGGCAAGGACACUAAGGAGAUUCCCAGUUCCAGCCUGUUUGGUACCAUUGACACACAGUCCUGUCAGGGGGAGAGCGCUGUCCAAUCAGACUGUACAGAUUGGUCCAACACCGACCCGUACCGCUCCUUGUCCAACUCCUCCACUGCUACCGGCACUACUGUUAUAGAAUGCAUCAAAUCUCCGGAGAGCUCAGAGUCUCAGACCUCACAGUCAGGCUCCAGAGCUACCACCCCCUCGCUGCCUUCAGUAGAAGACUUCAAGAUGUCUUCGCUGCCUUCAUUAGAAGACUGCAACAUGUCCUCGCUGCCUUCAGCAGAAGACUUCAAGAUGUCUUUGCUGCCUUCAGUAGAAGACUACAUGUCCUCGCUGCCUUCAAUAGAAGACUUCAAGAUGUCAUCACUGCCUUCAACAGAAGACUUCAAGAUGUCCUGUCUGCCUUCAGUAGAAGACUUCAAAUUGUCCUCUCUGCCUUUAGUAGAAGACUUCAAGAUGUCCUCACAAGAUGAGUUUCAGAUUUCUUCUCCUGAGAGGUUGGCUGGCUUAGUGUCGCCAUCUAGUGGCUACUCUAGCCAAUCAGCGACCCCCACCAACUCCUUCCCCUCUGCCUUCUUCCCUUGUCCCAUGUCUCCCACCAAUCAGAGGAGGAAAACCCUUUCACCCACCAAUCAGAAGAGGAAGCUCCUAUCUCCCACAAAUCAGAAGAGAAAGCCUAUGUCACCCACCAAUCAGAAGAGGAAGCCCAAGGUUCCAGAGAGGAAGUCAUCUCUGUCAUGGUCCUCCACCAGAGAUGUGGAACUGCCAGUUAUUCCCCCUAGCCACCUGGAUCUCAGUUCCCUCUACAGCCUUAGUCCUAACCCGAACCAGCUUCCUCCCGUCUCUACCAAGACCCCAGGCCACAGGAACCACCUAUAUCCAGUGCACCAGAGCAUGCCGAAGUCAACAGCAGCAUCGGUCAGGACUGAGACCUCCAGCUGCCCUACCAUGGCCAUCACCCCCACCAUGCUGCUCUCGGUCCAGCUAAGGUCUGUUGGUAGCCCCGACCAGUCCAGCCACACAGAGGUGGCCCCCAGUCCCAACAUGAGUCCCCCCUCCAGCAGCCAGGCUCCAGAGGUCAGGUCCCCGCCAGCCUACCACUCCAAGGUACCCCCCUCCCAAUGGUACUGUGAGUCACUGUUUUCCUCCAGUGAUGGGCCCUUCACUACGGAACCAGCUGAAAACAGGAGGGGUACCACCGCCUUCAGGUUACCAUCAGACCAGCAGACAUCAGACCAGCAGACACAACCAGAACAUGAGGUUUUUCAGAGUGGAGCUAAGGCCUCUGGGGUGAUCCCAGGUCAGUUGGUAGAGGAAGCUAUCUUUCCUGGUACCAUCAUUCAGGAGGUUGAACCACCAGUGCCCUCUGAGCUACAGAGAACAGACACCCCUUCACUGUGUCCUGUUCAGACCAGUGGUGACACAUCAUCAGAAAGUGUAGACAAAGUACCUGUAAUAAGUGAUGCUAUCAGCAAUGCAGCUGGCAGAGAAAAGGAGUGUGAUUCCUCAGGUGUUCCAAUCAGAAGUACUUCUAAGGACAGCAGCAGUUUGCAGGAAGAUGUGGAGGAGAUUGUUCCGAUAGAGGAAGACCCCAGCUCCACCCCAGGGUCCCUGCCAGACACAGAGCAGGCAUAUGGCAGUAAAGAGUCAAGCUCCUGGGACACCUCUCCUGUGAGUCAGGACAAGACUGAGGAUGAUGUAUUCCUCUUUCCCAGUAAGGCUCGUACUACAGAAGAUCUGUUUGCCAUGAUACACAGAUCGAAGAGGAAAGUUCUUGGUAAGAAGGACUCUGGAGAGUUAAGUGUCCAGCGUCGUCGGUGUGCUACAUCUGAGGGAACCUCGCCUGGCAACCCAGACCCCCCACCUGGCCACAUCAUUACCUCUCCAGUGUCCCUGCUUAAUCCUGGUACUCCAACCAACAUUAGUCCCCAGAAAGCCCCAGGACCAAUCUACCGUAGCCUAAAGAAGUCCAGUACCUCCAAUGAGGAAUUUAAACUGCUACUCCUAAAGAAGGGCAGCCGCUCAGAAUCUAGCUACCGCAUGUCAGCCACAGAGAUCCUGAAGAGCCCAGUCGGCCCCAAGGCUCCAGGAGACCCCCUGGUCUCUCAAGGGGAGCCCCAGUCCCCCCCACCGAGUGUAGUGCAGUUUCCCAGUCCCUUCACCGAGGGCUUCUCCCCUAAAGGGCUGUCUCCUGUUUCUUCAUCCAGACAUGGCCGCUCACGCAUCCCUCCCCCGGCCAACAGCAGCCGCUACAGCAGCCGCAGUAGACACCACCCAGUCCCGAUGCAGGCCAUCUCAGAGGGCGAAACGGAGAACUCAGAUGGGAGCCCCUCCUCACAGAGAUCCUCCUAACACAAAGACAUUUAAAAAACAGAGGAAUAUCUUACUGUUUUAAAACAGACAGAGGAACAUGUAAAGGUUUUAAAACAGACAGGAAAUUAUGUUGAGGUUAAAAAAAAGACAGAGGACAUUUUAACAUAAAAAAGAAAGCACUUUAUUGUGCUGUGAUUAUGACCAGGAGUGAAAAGGCAAAGAUCUUCUACAUCACCCACAUGACAGCAGGUAUAUUGGGACGAUCUUAAAAGGUUCCCAAAUUCCAAACAAGUAGGAUAUUCAGAAGGACUAAGACAUUUAGCUGGUCAUUUAUUCCAUAAACACAUCAUAUGCACUUGACUUUAGGGCUCUACUCAAUCUGUAUGUUUGCAAUUAAGCUUUACACAGAAUAAUUUAAAUUUGAAGUCAACAUUCCUGCCUUAGCACAGAUUGAAAUCACAAUAAAUGUGUAUGUUGGAUCAAUAUGAAAUUACCUUUAAAUAUAUAUUUCACAAUCUGUAACAUUUCAGUGAUACAGGUUGAUUAGAGCCCAUAAUUCCUCCACAAAAUGUGUGAUAUUUCUGCUAAAUGCCACAUUGUAUUUUUAGAGAAAUCCCUAUAAAGGCUGUGACAUGGCAGAAUGGUAUGGCACAUUUUGUGUCUUGCUUUUUGCUAAAUUGUUUAUAUCUGAUUUUAAAGUUUAAAUAGCCUAGUCCACAUUUCCUCUGGUUCAACAAAAUAUAACUAAUAUAACUUUGUUAGAAAAGUUUUUGGUUCCACAGAAUACAGUGCUAUUCUCAGUCACCUCGUUCAAAAGAAUAAUCAGCAUUUAAUCAUGACUUGUAUUCUGUGAAUACUUUUGCAUUUAGAUACAAAUAAUUUUUGCAUUUUUACUAAACCAAUAAAUUAGAAAAUAAUUGAAUAAUCAUAAUACCAAUAGUUUAAAGAUGCAUUUAAAGACUGACACUGCAAGGAAGAGCAGAACAAAAGCUGUGAAGCUAGCCAGUAGCCAUAGGUCACUAUACUAUAGUAGCUGUGAAGCUAGCCAGUAGCCAUAGGUCACUAUACUAUAGUAGCUGUGAAGCUAGCCAAUAGCCAUAGCUCACUGUAGGAUAGUAGCUGUGAAGCUAGCCAAUAGCCAUAGCUCACUAUACUAUAGUAGCUGUGAAGGUAACCAGUAGCCAUAGCUCACUAUACUAUAGUAGCUGUGAAGCUAGUCAGUAGUUAUAGCUCACUAUACUAUAGUAGCUGUGAAGGUAACCAGUAGCCAUAGCUCACUUUAAUAUAGUAGCUGUGAAGCUAGCCAAUAGCCAUAGCUCACUAUACUAUAGUAGCUGUGAAGGUAACCAGUAGCCAUAGCUCACUUUAAUAUAGUAGCUGUGAAGCUAGUCAGUAGUUAUAGCUCACUAUACUAUAGUGGCUGGAUUGCUGUGUUCGUGGAUGGAGAGCAGAACACACAAUAUAGCAAAAUGAUGGAAUUUAUUAUUAUUUAAAAUAACUGAGACUUAGAAUAACUUGAUCAUGUCCUUUUGUACAGAUGUAACAUCACUGUAGAAAUUGGAAUUAUGCAACAUCAAAUCUAACUUGGUAUGUUGGGAAAAUCACGAGAAGCAGCUAGCUAGGUGAGGAGGAGAAGCCAUUAAGGGACAUGACAAGGAGCAGUUAAAAAUGUAAGGAGGUGAGGAGGAGCAUGCAGGCAGAUUGGGAGGUGACAAGUAGCCGGAUGGGUGGGGGAUGUAGGGCCCAGGCCAAGGUCAGAGUUCAAGAAUUGACAAGAUGGACAUUUAAUGUUAAUAAAGGUUGUUUGUAGUUUGUU